UCAAUAUGUUCGUCUGCUUUGUUGUGGUGUACGGCACACGUUUCACGUGGUUCGCAUUUUUCAAAUUAACGCAGUGCUCGACAUUCUCGACAUUCCCGGUGUGAAUUCAAUGGCAACCAGCAAUAAAACUGAAGUGACGUGCGCCUAUUUCCUGCAGACAAAGAAGAGAUAUUGCCGCAUGUCAGUUAAGACCGGACGCAAGUUCUGCGGUGAGCAUGCCUCUUUGGAAGCUGCCAAUCAAGCCUGCCCUACAUCAGCUGCCAAAUAUGCACGAACGCCUUGUCCCUACGACCCCAAUCAUUCAUGUUUUGUAUCACAACUGGCAAAGCACAUGGAGAAGUGCAAUUCAAAACCCCAACCUCUGCCAGAAUACAUCAAGGAAAACAUAAAUGUGAUUGACAGCAAUGACGAGGAGAUCAAAGUUAACCUUGGCACCCUCACUGAUGGCGAACUGCUGGCCAUCAUCUCCAGGGUUUCCAAAAUCCACUCAGAUUUUGUUGGAGAGCUGCCAAUUUCCGUUGGACGUCACCCAGUUCUAGAGUCGACACUCGCUUCGCUGACGGAGAGCCGUGGGAGCUGGCGUCACGUCUUUCAAUCCUCUUCCAUUUUACACAAUAUGGCUCGAGUUGGUGUUUUGACGUCGGGAAAAUCACGUAGCACUUACGUCGAAUUCGGUUCAGGCAGAGGGCAAUUGAGUUACGCGGUCGGCCAGGCCGUCGACCUCGAUACCGAUGCAUUGCUGAUGAUCGACAAAUCUUCGCCGAGGCACAAGCACGAUAACCGCUACAAAGUGGACGGUGAGAGUCACGCGUCCAUUCAUCGAGUUCGAGCGGACAUUGCUGACGUCGACUUGGGUCAAGUUCCGCUCGUCCGAAACGACACUCGACGACUAGUCGGCAUUGGUAAACACUUGUGCGGAGCAGCGACAGAUUUAGCGUUGAAUUGCCUUUAUAGAGCUAAUAACCCCGUCGGAUUGGUCCAAGGUGUUUGCAUCGCCCUAUGCUGUCAUCAUCAAUGCACCUGGGGGCUUUACGUGGGUAAAGCCUUCUUCCAGGAAUUGGGUCUGAGUCAGACGGAUUUCGCAAUCAUGAGGGCCAUGACCAGCUGGGCAGUAUGCGGUUCACGUCGUGCUAAAGAACACAGCGAUGCUGGUCAAGAGGCUGGCGAAGUCACUAGCGCCUUGCCCGGUAGAUAUGCGGCCAUGGGCCUGGAUAUUGAACGGCGGGAAAAAAUCGGCCGCCAGUGUAAACAAAUCAUCGACCGUGGCCGAGUGGCAUUUCUGUCUACGUGGCCACUUGAGGCCAAGCUUUUGUACUACGUAGAACCGGACAUUUCUCCUGAGAAUGUUCUCCUCCUUGCGCAUAUUUCUUAAAUCCUUAUUCCUUGUUUUUUUACAGAGUGGAAAUAAACAUCUUUUUUUAACAUCGA